AGGGGGUCUGUCGAAGAAAUCAAGUCAAUAGAAACUGAAGUGGAAGCAGGCGUUUAGAGCUCCGUGGUGACGUCACUGCUCCACAUUGAGCCAGUAGUAGAGAGUCAGUGGAGAUAGAUAGAGGAGCGCCGUAGUAAAGUACACACCGACAUGAACUUCUCCCUCUAAAACUUCAACGUUGUUGCUGUAAAACGUCGGGAGAAGGUUUUUUUCGACGAACGGAACUUGCUCUUUAUUGGCUUUUCAAGGGGAGCUCGGAGGAAAGCACGAGAAGACACAUUUUGGGUUUCUUUUCGGGGGGUGUCGACGACGAGCGCUAUGUCGUCCGCGGCGGUCGCUGCUUCUUCCAGGAGGCAGUCGUGUUAUUUAUGCGACUUGCCCCGCAUGCCGUGGGCCAUGAUCUGGGAUUUUACCGAGCCCGUCUGCAGGGGAUGUGUCAACUACGAAGGAGCAGACCGCAUUGAGUUUGUCAUCGAGACAGCCCGGCAGCUCAAGAGGGCUCACGGGUUUCAGGAGGGCAGGUCUCGGGCCGGGAAGUCGCAGCUCUCCGGGAAAGAGAUCCAGGCGAUCAACCACGCUGCGGCGGGAGACCCCGGCUCCCGGCCGCCGCAGCCGCUGGACCGCUACCCGCUGCCCUCCGACCGCCCGCCCCGGCUGGGUCCAGAGUACCAGUCUGGCAGGCAGGCAAACGGCAUCCCCGUCCCCAAUGGAUUUCCUAAACCCGACGAGCCGCCGGAGCUGAACCGCCAGAGCCCCAACCCGCGCAGGAAUAGCACGGUGCCCCCAAAUCUAGUGCCUUUGGUUAACGGGAACAUGCCCCCGGUGCACGCAGUCAACGGCAGACCGGGCCAGAUGGGGCUUCCCUCCGCACUGGCGGGCGGUAGUCCCGCCGACAUGGGCAAGAGACCCGCCUCGGUGUCCAGCACCGAGCACGACCGAGAGGUGAAGGAGAAGCACAGACCGGACAGCCUCACGCCGGAGAUCUCCGAGAGCCACAAAAACAGGGCAGACCCGGACUGGAUGGGCAAGGGCAAAACGGUGAGGGACCUGAUGGCUCUGCACACUUUCGACAACAGGUUCAAGAAGGACCAUGCGGCCAUGCAACAAAGGGUUAUGGGCUACGAGGCCAGCGCAACGGCUUCCAAGUCAGACAGAGGAAAACACCCCCGGAGCAUGAAGAGAAAAGCAUCGCCUGAACCAGAGGGAGAGGGGACAGCUGCCAAGCUCAACGGAGAAGGACAGCAGUGGUUACCACCACCUACUGACGGACUGAAAAUGCCUCCAGUUCCCCCGCCAAGCUUCGCCUCUCCCCCCUCCACAAUAUCCCCCCACUCCCGCACCACAACACCUGAGGCGGCCCAGAACGGCCAGUCCCCCAUGGCGGCGCUCAUCAUGGCGGCAGACAAUGCAGGUGGGAACAGCUCCCCCAAGGACGCCAACCAAGUCCACUCCACUACCCGGAGGAACAGCAGCAGUCCCCUGUCACCGUCCUCCAUGAAUCAGAGGAGGCUGGCGCAGAGAGAUGCAUCCGGUGCAGGCACACCCCACGUGCCAGGCAUGGACCAAGUGCACCCCCAAAGCAUUCCGGACUCCUCGGUACCCGGCAGCAUACCCCUGUGCUGCACGCUGUGCCACGAGCGUUUGGAGGACACACACUUUGUUCAGUGCCCCUCUGUGCCCUCUCACAAGUUCUGCUUCCCGUGCUCGAGGGAAAGCAUAAAGCAGCAAGGUGCCACGGGUGAAGUGUACUGUCCGAGUGGAGAGAAAUGUCCCCUGGUUGGCUCGAACGUACCAUGGGCUUUCAUGCAAGGAGAAAUCGCCACCAUCCUUGCAGGAGAUGUCAAAGUAAAAAAGGAGAGGGACCCUUGAUUUUGUUUGAACACUUCUUUGGGGAGGGGAAGCAAAAAUAUGAGUAUAAAUAUAUAAAUAUCACAUACAUACCAUUCAAACAAACUAACGGACUUGUACAUAUUGGACCCAAGGGAAGAGUAUACUUCGUAAACAUGGUUGUAUAAUUUUUGAUUUUUGAAUACAUUGUGUUUCUAUAUUUUUGAAGAUAAAGGUAUGUACUCAUUAUAAUGGACUACGUUCCUCUUUGUUGAUGUUUAACAAAAUUCUUGAUGUACUUCUAGGUCUGGUGGCAGUUCCUGUUUAACGUAGAAUGUGACUAAUGCUACUCUACGAGCACUUGGCAAAACUGAAAUGCUUUUAGCUGUACUUGUAUGCACUUGUUUAAAAAUUGCCAAAUACAAUUUCUGAUCUUGUAUGAA